AUGAUUUAUGAGCCUUUCUCAUGGAUGUCUGAUAGGGAAAAGCUUGGAGUGGUUGCUUUUCUGUUAUGUUUGUGCUUCUGGAAAGUGACUUUAGCAUCGGGACAGUUCGAGUUGGAGAUUUUAUCCAUGCAAAAUGUGAAUGGUGAACUGCAAAAUGGAAAUUGCUGUGAUGGCACCCGAAACCCAGGAGAUAGAAAAUGCACCAGAGACGAGUGUGAUACCUAUUUUAAAGUUUGCCUGAAGGAGUAUCAGUCGCGGGUCACUGCUGGCGGUCCUUGCAGCUUCGGAUCCAAAUCAACUCCUGUCAUCGGAGGAAAUACCUUCAAUUUAAAGUACAACCGGAAUAAUGAAAAGAACCGGAUUGUUAUCCCUUUCAGCUUCGCCUGGCCGAGAUCCUACACAUUGCUUGUUGAGGCAUGGGAUUACAAUGAUAACUCUACUAAUCCCGAUCGCAUUAUUGAGAAGGCAUCCCACUCUGGCAUGAUCAAUCCAAGCCGUCAGUGGCAGACUUUGAAACAUAAUGCAGGAGUUGCCCACUUUGAGUAUCAAAUCCGUGUGACUUGUGCAGAACAUUACUAUGGCUUUGGCUGCAACAAGUUUUGUCGACCAAGAGAUGACUUCUUCACUCACCAUACCUGUGACCAGAAUGGCAACAAAACCUGCUUGGAAGGCUGGAUGGGACCAGAAUGCAACAAAGCUAUUUGUCGUCAGGGAUGUAGCCCCAAGCAUGGUUCUUGCACAAUUCCAGGAGAGUGCAGGUGUCAGUAUGGAUGGCAAGGCCAGUACUGUGAUAAGUGCAUUCCACACCCAGGAUGUGUCCAUGGCACUUGCAUUGAACCAUGGCAAUGCCUCUGUGAAACCAACUGGGGUGGUCAGCUCUGUGACAAAGAUCUGAACUACUGUGGAACCCACCCACCUUGUUUGAACGGUGGUACCUGCAGCAACACUGGCCCUGAUAAAUAUCAAUGUUCCUGCCCUGAGGGCUACUCAGGACAGAACUGUGAAAUUGCGGAGCACGCCUGCCUCUCUGAUCCUUGUCACAAUGGAGGAACCUGCUUAGAGACGUCUACAGGAUUUGAAUGUGUGUGUGCGCCUGGCUGGGCUGGACCAACUUGCACUGACAAUAUUGAUGAUUGUUCUCCAAAUCCCUGUGGUCAUGGAGGAACUUGCCAAGAUCUAGUUGAUGGAUUUAAGUGUAUUUGCCCACCUCAGUGGACUGGCAAAACUUGCCAGCUAGAUGCGAAUGAAUGUGAGGGCAAACCCUGUGUCAAUGCCAAUUCCUGCAGGAACCUGAUUGGCAGCUACUAUUGUGACUGCAUUACUGGCUGGGGGGGCGCUAAUUUUAUUACAGAUAUUAAUGACUGUCGUGGACAAUGUCAGAAUGGAGGAUCCUGUCGGGACUUGGUUAAUGGUUAUCGGUGUAUGUGUUCACCUGGCUAUGCAGGAGAUCACUGUGAGAAAGACAUCAAUGAAUGUGCAAGUAACCCUUGCAUGAAUGGGGGUCAUUGCCAGGAUGAAAUCAAUGGAUUCCAAUGUCUGUGUCCUGCUGGUUUCUCAGGAAACCUCUGUCAGCUGGACAUAGAUUAUUGUGAGCCAAAUCCUUGCCAGAACGGUGCCCAGUGCUUCAAUCUUGCUAUGGACUAUUUCUGUAAUUGCCCUGAAGAUUACGAAGGGAAGAACUGCUCCCACCUGAAAGAUCACUGCCGCACAACUCCUUGUGAAGUAAUUGACAGCUGUACUGUGGCAGUAGCUUCCAACAGCACACCGGAAGGUGUUCGUUAUAUUUCUUCAAAUGUCUGUGGUCCUCAUGGAAAAUGCAAGAGCCAAGCAGGUGGAAAAUUCACCUGUGAAUGCAACAAAGGAUUCACUGGCACCUACUGUCAUGAGAAUAUUAAUGACUGCGAGAGCAACCCCUGUAAAAAUGGUGGCACUUGUAUCGAUGGCAUCAACUCCUACAAAUGUAUUUGUAGUGAUGGAUGGGAAGGAAUGUAUUGUGAAACAAAUAUUAAUGACUGCAGUAAAAACCCUUGCCACAAUGGAGGAACUUGCCGAGACUUGGUCAACGACUUCUUCUGCGAAUGUAAAAAUGGGUGGAAAGGAAAAACUUGCCACUCCCGUGACAGCCAGUGCGAUGAGGCAACAUGCAACAAUGGAGGAACAUGUUAUGAUGAGGGGGACACUUUCAAGUGCAUGUGUCCUGCAGGAUGGGAAGGAGCCACUUGUAAUAUAGCAAGGAACAGCAGCUGCCUGCCAAACCCCUGUCACAACGGUGGUACCUGUGUAGUCAGCGGGGAUUCUUUUACUUGUGUCUGCAAGGAGGGCUGGGAAGGACCCACAUGUACUCAGAACACAAAUGACUGCAGUCCUCAUCCUUG